AUGGUGAUCCUGCAAUCAGCCAAGAUAGGAGAGCUGACCCCGCUGAUGGAGGCGGUUAUAAAUCCAACUGUUCAGCUGACAGAUGACUUGAUAGCCACAUAUGCUGGCAUGGCAAUGGACGGAAUCCAUAGGUACGGUAGGUGGAAUAUCUUUAACCCCACAGCUUUGAUGUUAGCCGCAGCCUACAACAAUGUGGAUGGUGUCAGGAAGCUUAUCGAUACUACGGAAGUCCGUAUGCAAAACGCUCACGGAUGGACGGCGCUGAUGUACGCAUCCGUGAAUGGUCACACGGAGUGUGUAAAGCUUCUUAGAGAUGUCGAGGCAGGCCUUCAGUGCUUAGAUGGUAUGACUGCCCUAAUAGAGGCGGCGCAGCACGGCAAGACAGAGGUGGUACAGCUUCUGCUUGAGAAGGAGGGGGGUCUCUCCACGAAUGAGUGCUUUGAGCACGGGAGCGGCUUCACGGCCCUCAUGGCUGCGUGUCGCUCAAAUCAUUAUGAUGCAGCAAAGCUGUUAUAUGACUGCGAAAAAGGGAUGACCCAAGCAGACGGCUGGACUGCUCUAAUGUGGGCAGCAAGCGAGGGGCAGUAUAGGUGCGUACGCCUCAUGAUGCCUGCAGAGGCUGGCAUGGUCAUCAACGAAAGCUCAGAGGAAUUCCGUGGGUGGACCGCGAUGACCUGGGCUGUGAGCAAUGGAAAUAUUGACUGUGCUGAGCUCCUGGCUAAAGACGAGUUAGAUAAAUCAAGGAACGACAUCCUUCGUAUCAUCCAAACUUCGGAUGAUCUGAGUCCCGACCAGAUCCGGCAGUGCAAGGAUCUGCUGAUGUAG